AUGGCAAGUAAGCAGACAUGGCGGAUUGCCAUUGGGGCGUUGGGGCUGCUUAUACUAGGGCUCCGUCUACUAACUUGGGAAAAUGACAGCAGCAGCAGCAGCAUGUUUAAUCGCUUUUCUGGGAGUACAGAACGACUGUUUGACCCAUUGGAGCACUGCACGACCCCGUUCAGCACAUUAUUGGGGUAUGCCCACAGCAUCCCGGCGUUUAGUAACUGUCACCGCAGUCACCGGGCGAAUCUGAUGAGCGUCACACGCUUUGGUGAGCCGGAUAGCGUUGCGUUCCAAAGUGAUGGCUCACCGGGUAGCUUCUUCGCAGGGAAGCCGUGGACUCCAACGGAGUACGUCGCUCGGUUCUACUACCAUCACCAGGCCCGCACGCUCCUUGCAGUGGGAAAUAUGGAGGAAUGGUGGAACGCUAAAUACUUCCACAACCCAGUGAGGAAGAUGAAGUACGCAACAACACAAGAGUACGAGGUCGUGCAGCUUCCAAACUAUGCAAAGGCCAAUACAAAGAAGGAGCGUAAGCGUCAGGCACCAACGUUCGCGGAUAUUGUGGUGUGGUCGGCACAGCCUGAGCACGAUCUCCCUGAAGGCCACAUGGCGGUGGUGGUGGAUGUCGUGGAUGAUGUGAAGGCCGCGGGCGGCGAGACGCAGCUCGUGGAGUUACGGAAGAAACGGAUGCAACCGAUGCUGGUGUACAUUGCGGAGCAGAACUACGGUAAUACAGACUGGGAGGGGCGGAACUACUCUCGUGUGCUGCGCUUCUCGUGGAGGAAGGAAACAGAAGCGGAGCUUCUGGAUCCGGAUGGUGUAAAAAUCAUUGGGAGACUCCGAGCCGGCAAGUUGCUUGUGCGUGGUGACAAUGAGGCUGGCGCAGGUGAUCUCUGA